UGAUAAAUACACAUAGAACGCGCCUUACGGCAGUUUUAGUCCCUCACACGGUCACACUGAACCCGUCAUUCUCACAACAUAUACUCCAAUGGCAAUCCCAACUGAUGAAGUGAAGGACGUCGCCAUCGCCGCCGCCGCCAUGCACUCCGCUCCUCCUCCUCCUCCUCCUCUGCAGUCGUCGUCGUCGUUGUCAUCGCUCCCUCGCCGCAUGAUCAAACCCUCCCCACUAGUCCUACUCAACGGCGCCCUCAUGCUCCUCGGCGGCGGCGGGCCUCUCCUCCUCCGCCUCUACUUCGUCCACGGCGGCCACCGCCUCUGGCUCCCCAGCCUCCUCCAGCUCUGCGGCUGGCCCCUCCUCCUCCUCCCCCUCUCCUUCUCCUACCUCCGCCGUCGCACCGCCGCCAGCAAUUCCCCCCACCUCCACCGCCGCCGCCACAUCGCCCCGCCCCUCGCGGCCGCCUUCGUGGUGCUCGGCCUGCUCAACGGCCUCGACUGCUACCUCUACGCCUUCGCCUCCUCCGACCUCCCCCUCUCCACCUCGUCCCUCCUCAUCUCCACCCAGCUCGCCUUCACCGCCUUCUUCGCCUUCGCCAUCGUGCGCCAGCGCUUCACCGCCUACUCCGCCAACGCCGUCGUCCUCCUCACGCUCGGCCCGGCCGUGCUGAGCCUCGGCUCGCGGUCGGACCGGCCCGUGGGGGAGUCGGCGGCGCAGUACUCCACGGGCUUCAUCCUCACCGUGGCCGCGGCGGCGCUCUUCGGGCUCUUGUUGCCCCUCAUGGAGGGCGCCAUGAGGCGGUGGAGCAAAGAGGAGAUCACCUACACGCUUUUGAUGGAGUUGCAACUCGUGCUCGGCGUCGCCGGCACCGCAUUCUGCCUCGUCGGCAUGGUUGUCAGCAACGACUUCAAGGCGAUUCCUAAAGAAGCAAGAGAAUUUGGCCUUGGAGAAACCAAGUACUACAUGGUGCUCAUCUGGGAUGCCUUAUUCUGGCAAGCAGUUAACAUGGGCAUGGUAGGCGUCAUCUGCUGCGCAUCGUCGCUGCUCGCGGGGAUCAUGAUCGCGAUCCUUCUCCCGCUGUCGGAAAUCCUUGCAGUCAUGUUCCUCGGCGAGAAGUUCGACGGUAGCAAGGGCGUCGCCCUCGCCCUCUCCCUCUGGGGAUUUAUUUCUUACUUGUACGGCGAGAAGCGGCAGGGCGAAAAGAAAAGGCAAGCUGCGGAGGUGGAGUUGCCGGCGCCGUGAAGGCAUUACUUGCUGUUCGGAUAAAGGAAGCCAUCAAUAUCCUUUUUCCACCUGAAUUUAAGUUCUGUUUCGACAAAUUUGAAACUAUUCAAUUUCUAAGGCAUUCGAUUUACUGCAUGCGAAGAAUCUAUGAGAAACGCAUGAAUUCAAAUAUGUACAGUUGGAAGCUUAAUUUGCUGCAACACUUCUCCCCCUUCCAACAUGUACAAUUUGUUCUAAAAUCAAAUUUGGUUGGAAUCAAAUUGGAUUUAACGGGAUUCUACAUCAUUAAAUAAUCUGAAAAAAUUAUGGUAUGAAAAAUUAUCCAUUGAUAAGGUCUGAGCUAGUAAAUU